UAUGUGAAUAACAUUCGAUGAAGAGGCUAAAAAGAAUAUUCUUUAUGGAAUAUUCGAAAUCAAACAAACCCUAAACUACAUAAUAAUGUCUGAAAAGCAUAGAAACCUUCCUCCCUGGAUGGUGAAAUCUGAAGUUCAAAGCAAAGACAAUGAAGCUGUGAAGAAGAAAACGCGUGGUGAAACUACAAAAAGGAUAGCGAAGAAGCGACUCGAAAGUGUCGUCAAGUAUUGGAUGAACGAGAGGGAGCUCGUGGAAACAGCGCUCAGCCAUUUGAAGGAGGAUAAAGCAUGUGCUAAAGAUGCAACGCAAGCCCCAGAGGAGGUCAGGAUCAUUCCGGAGACAGAUGAAGACAUGUCAGACUCAGAUGUGCAGGACAGGACAUAUGUUUCAAACAUUACAGAGCAAGAGACUGUGCCGUAUGGAAACUGCUUGGAAGAAAGUACCAGCACAAAACCAGACUGCCAUCUGAAACCGCCUUCUGAUGGUUCAGGAGCUUCUGAGAAGCCUUAUGUGGAUGAUGAUGCUCUUGAACUUGUUCGAGAGAUUUUUUUCACAUAAUUGCAAACCUUAAGUCACAAAGUUUUUACAGUGCUCGCAAACAUCAUUUUACCAAAUAUUUACAGAGAUGCCUCAUCAUUUAGUCAUCAUCGCUGCAAACCUGCCUGUUUUUUAUUUUCUUCUGUGGAGCACAAAAGGAGAUGUUUUGAAGAAUGUCCUGCCUGCUGUUUUCCAUGCAGUUACAGUGAAUGCUAGAGGUCUGCAGCUUUCAACCUUCAAAAACGACCAAAAAAGUGGCCUAAUGAGUUGGCCACUCUUUAAGAUUUUUCUUCUUUUUGAAGUUUGACAACUUCAUAAUGAAUUAUAAUGACCUAGGGACUAUUAUUGUCUGGACCAUGAUAUUAUUCAAAAUUUCUCUCGUGUUCCCUAGAACAAAGAAAGUAAUUUGGGUUUGGGACGACGUGAGGAUAAGUUGUUUUUGUUCUUUUUACUUUAGUUUCUUUUUCUGAAAAGCUGCUUUUCUUCAGGGAAUGAAAAUCUAGUUGUGAUUUGUAUAGCCUUUUUUGAUCAGGUUGAUGCCUGAACAAAGAUGAUUUCUGAUUUGUUUUCUAAACCAGCUGCUCUAGUAAUUGUCAUUUGCAAACUUGCACUUUCUUAAGUCCUUUGAGUAAGAAGGCAUCAACAAAGAACAAAUGAGAAUGUUCAGUGGCAUAAGAAUAGAUUGUAUAUUUAUUCAUUUUAAUUAAAAAAGUGAUUGGUACUUCAAGAUGCAUAUAAUGUAAGAGUUUACAGUGAUUACAAACUGUCAAAUAUGGA